AUGGAGAGAAUACCUCGUGUGAUACUCAGUAUAGCGCUUGCUGCGCUUUUGCCGAUAGCGUCUCCCGAGACCCAGCAAAAGGUUUCCAAGGAGAAUAUUCCUCACUCUAGACAGAAGAGGAUACUUUGGAUAACAAAUGACGGUCGCUUGGCCCUACCCCCAGGAACCACUAUGGCUAUCACACCAUCGAUAUCGAUGCCCUUCGUACGACAUCCCCCGAAAGGAUUCCUCUCUAAUAUGACCGUCAGUUUUCCAUUCACAAUUGAUUUCGACAAGUUAGGUUUGACGGACAAUGAGAAUCCCUAUGGGGAUCUGCCUCCUAUCUUUGCCAGAUCUAUGGGUAGAGCUGCGGCAUCAGCUAUGGCUGAAUACGUUGGACAGUACCUUGAUAACAGGAGAGGAAAGAGAUCUACAAAUGAACCGAUACCCCCAGAAACAGAGAGGAUGGUUCUUGACAAAUUUCAUGGAGGAGAAAGGGCCCUCAUGUAUGGCAUCGCUGAAGAUUUGUUGGCAAAUUUUGGACUCGACGGCAAGGAAUGUCUCCUGCGAGCAAUUUGUGAAGUUCAUGCACACCCACUAACGAACUUUGGCUUUCUUGGAGAAGUUAUGAAACUAUUUUUCAGUCCAAAUAAAUCUCCGUAUGCUGAAAUGUUAUCUGAAUACGUGGAGGCACAACGCGCUGGUGAAUCAGGGGGCGAAUGCUGGCCGUACUACCGUUUGUGCCCUAAGAGUUUCUUCCAACCAUCAAACAACAAAUAUUCAAAAGACGCGGAAUCUUUUCACAAACGACAAGAGCAAGAGAGCAACGAUAAUAAAAUGAUGUUCAGAGCGAUGUAA